GAAUCGAUCCACUAAAGCAUGGCUGAACCGUGUUCCUUCGAGUCAAACGCCGACCCAGCUGAUCAAGACGAGCUGCAGUAUUGUGUCGCCAAUUUCAAUCACCUCUGCAGACUAUGUCUGUCCAACGAUCGGCUUGUGUCCAUCUUUUCCAACGUACAGGGUCGAAAUGUGUACUAUGUCCGGCACUACGUGAAAUUUGCACUAGAUCUGCUAGCUAUCAAGAUCAACAAGCACGAUACCAUGCCAAACUUUCUCUGCGAGCGCUGUGAACGCAACCUCUACAUCAUCGCAAAGUUUAAAAAGAAAUGUGACGAUUCGUUACGUAUUCUACGCUGUGUGAGCGGCAGCAUCAAAGCAGCCAACAAGGUAGAGGAUUCCAUGGUUACGGAUACUACCGGUCGGAAUAGGCAGAGGAAACGGAAAUACAUGAAGACCAAAUCACCGGCAGCGCAACAACAGGAGUAUAUUGACAUUUUACAAAAGUUACCUCAAGGGAUAAACGUGGCAAAAAUAAAAAAGGACUCAACCAUCGAUGUCGUGAAGGAAGACAAAAAGAACAAUCAGGCAUCCAAUGAACCAGCCUGUAAUAAACAGUUCCACAGCUCUAUAGAAGUGCACGUGUUGAAGGAGGAAGUUCUGCCGGAAAGCGAAGAGCAACAGGAGCAGCACCUUAUCGAAAGGCCUUUCGAUGACCUUGGCGAUAGUGAUUUGGGCGAAUUCGAACAGGAUGAUAACUGGGUUCCUAUGGUACCCGGUGACACGGGGACCUAUCGUCAGGAAUCCAGUGCCUACCACGAAGAUCAAACGAUAGCACUCGAAGAAGAAGAGGUAGUAGAACGCGACUAUGAAGAAGUCAAACUUGAAUGGGAACAAUGUGAGCCAACGCGAAAGUACAGUACCCGCCGGACCACCCGAGAGCGGGAAGAGGCGGAAGGCGUGAAGGCAUCAAAAGCAAAGAUCGUCUGUUCGGUGUGUGGGUCAAUGGUGAACAACAUCAAAACGCACAUGGCCAUCCACAGUGAGGUGCGACCACAUCAGUGCGAGCAGUGCCCGAAAAGUUUCACGUCGCGUCACAAACUACAAUCGCACACGAACAGCGUGCACUUGCGGAGGCGCGACUUUAAGUGUGAGGUGUGUGGAAAGGCGUUCCUGGAGAAGAACAAUCUGAAGGGCCACUUGCGUAUCCACAUUGGUGAACGGAAAUACCGUUGCGACCUGUGUCCGAAGACGUUUCUGUUCGCAGGAACGCUCCGAUGCCACAAGCUGACACAUACCCAAGAGAAAACGCACGCCUGUCAGGUCUGCGGGAAGCUGUUCCUGAUGCGUACCACGCUCAACAAGCAUCUACGCGUGCACAAUGAUGAGCGGCCGCACCGGUGCGAUGUUUGUGAUAAACGAUUUCGUACGGCCACGCACAAGGUCGUGCACAUGCGAACCCACACCGGCGAGAAACCCCUGGUAUGUCGAAUCUGUGGGAUGGGGUUUGCCCAGCACAAGGCUCGUAGUGUGCACAUGAAAACGAAACACCUCGACCAGCUGAUGGCACUGAAUUUGAUCGACGAGAAGGGCCACUUAAAGGUUUAGGAAAUUUUUUAAAAGUCUUAGGUUUAACAUAGAUCUCCUCAAGUAGUGUUACAAAGCUGCACGCACAAAGCGGAGACGAUGUCACAUAAUGCAAACACCAAAAUAGCAAGCACUAAUUACUGAUUACCUGAAAUUGAUACUUUUUUAUGAUGACUUGAUCCAUGUUGGAUGC